GCCUUCCGCAAGCCCGAUAUCAUCAACAUCAUCAAGUUGCUUCUCGCGCACAAUAUGCCAUGUGACCCAGAAUGGAUGAGAAGAGCCAGUAGUUUGAACAACGUGCCACUUGUGCGCUUCCUCCAUGGACACCCCAAUGUGUGCUCUCAUACCGACGUGAUCUGGCAGGCCAUCGACGCCAAGGCGUGGGACGCCGUGGACUUUCUCUUGGCCAACUGCACGGCUGAUGUCUCAGUUCACGCGCUCCGGUUGGCACUGGGAUUCGGUAACCUCGUUGUCGUGUCGCGCAUUUUGCGGCGCCAGCCAGAGCUCCACCACGACGACCUUCUUGGGGUGGCGGUUCGAAACCGCAACAUGGAGGCGAUCACGUACUGCCUCACUGCCGGCAUUGGCAAGCCUCGGCAGUGCCUCCUCUACCAUGCUUAUCAUCGACAGCACUCGACUACGAACCAGCUUCUGCUACCGUACUGCAUGGAUGCGACCAAGAGUCUCGACAAUGUAGUGUUUCUUUUAAAGCUCUACGAAACGUCGGACGACCGGGCACGGACGUUGCAGCUAAUCUCAAGCGAGCUCCCGUAUCAAGCGAGAAAGGUCGCCAAAUCGGUACCGUUUGUAUCGAGCGUGGCGGCGCGAGCGACGUCUCUACUGCACACUGGUGAGGUUCUCGACGGUGCGCUGGCCCUUGUCAUUAGUCAUCUCUAUGCGACGGACGCCGACGUCACGGCCGCGCGACUGACGAGAUUGGCCGACUUGGUCUUUGAUGGCGAGCUCAAGACGCAGCUGUAUCGCUUCAUCACUCGCAAGCGCAAGCGAUACGUGCACACUGUGUGAUAAUGAUCAAAACGAUGUCAAUUCACCGAGAUAGCAAACCCGCUGGCUGAUGUAGGCGCGACAAGUGUCCCACGUCUCGGAGGCGUGAGGCUUCUCUUACAACCAUUUUGUCGGACUUUGCUUCGAUCCCCGUUCCCGCUUGCUCGUCUGCUGCCUCAGUUCCCACUGCUCUUAUCUGCAAGCGUGGCGUUGAUAAACCUCUGCCUCCGAAUAAGAUCUUGUUUUGACAGGGCUUGGUCGAUUGCGCAACCUCAACAACUAUGGUAACG